AUGCUGUGCUUCCUUGUGCUUACCACCCUGGUCCUGUACGGACACAGCACCCAGGACUUUCCAGAUACUAAUGCACGAGUAGUUGGAGGGAAUGAGGCCAAGAAGAACUCCUGGCCCUCUCAGAUUUCCCUCCAGUAUUCCUCUCUAGGUUCCUGGGACCACACCUGUGGAGGGACCCUCAUCAGAAAGAACUGGGUGUUGACAGCUGCCCACUGUGUAGACCGUUCCCUGACCUUCCGUGUGGUGGUUGGAGAACACAACCUGAAGCAGAGUGAAGGCACUGAGCAGACUGUGAGUGUGCAGAAGAUUGUGAAACAUCCAAACUGGAACGCCAACAACGUGGCUGCUGGCUAUGACAUCGCCCUUCUGCGCCUGGCCAAGAGCGUUACCCUCAACAGCAACGUGCAGCUAGGAGCUCUGCCCCAGGAAGGAGUCAUCCUGGCUAACGACACUCCCUGCUAUAUCACAGGCUGGGGCAUGACCAAGACCAAUGGGCAGGUGUCCCAGACCCUGCAGGAGGCUUACCUGCCCAGCGUGAGCCACGCCAUCUGCUCCAGCUCUUCCUACUGGGGCUCCAUUGUGAAGAACACCAUGGUGUGUGCUGGCGGAGAUGGGGUUCGCUCUGGAUGCCAGGGUGAUUCUGGGGGCCCCCUGCACUGCUUGGUGAAUGGUCAGUAUGCUGUCCAUGGAGUGACCAGCUUUGUGUCCAGCCUUGGCUGCAAUGUUGCAAAGAAGCCCACAGUCUUCACCCGUGUCUCUGCUUAUAUCUCUUGGAUAAAUAAUGUCAUUGCCUCCAACUGAACAUUUUUCUGAGUCCAGCAGCCUUCCCAAGAUGGUUCUUAGAUCUGCAUGCAAUAGAACUUGAGUUAACAAGAAAAAAAAUAGAACUGAGGUUAUAGCUCAGUGGUAGAGUGCUUGUGUA